AUGAUGACCUCUCAACGGCCUCGCGAUGUCGGUGGAAGCUUUUCGAACCGGCGUGGCCAUGCCAACCAGCUCUCUAUAUCCGAUCCGACCCAUCACAUAACCGAGACCAUCGGGACCAUGUACGGCGAUGACGACGACUACCCGAAUAAUGAUUUACGCCCUAUGAGCUUUAUCGCAGCUCCCGGCGGUGGCGAGCAGAUAACUCCACGUCGCGAGGUAAAUCCUUCUUCUCCGGAAGAACGUCGACUUCCACUUAUCCGGACGACUUCGGAUAACACUGGCUUGCAAAUCUCAUCUGGUCCUACAACGAAUGGGAACUCCGUACAGAAAUCACAACCCCUCCCCGGUCGGAUGCCAAGUCAGAGAAGUACAACGUCGAGAAGCAGUUCAUACGAAUCAGGUCCCAAGUCUCCCAUUACUCCCAUGUCGCCUACACUUCGCGACAUGCGUGAAGAUGCCCAGCAAUAUCCGAUAACCAAUAUUGAUAAUCCGAAUGAUAUUGCCCAAGAGCUAAGCAACCUGCAAGCAUUACGGCGCAUGUCGAUGGAUGUCUCUAAUAAUAGCGACCCCGACCUGCUUCCCUUCCAAGGAAUGUCUCUAAUGGCAAUGCCGUCGAUAGCACCGAAAGGAGACGACGAUGCCGAUCCUUCGAGACUUUUAUGGGUUCCCGCCAAUGUCCAUCCAGAGCUAGCUCCGACUGAAUUCAAGAACUUUGUUGAAAAGAGGGUACAGACUAUGAAACGGAGGUCUGCUGAUUCCUCGCUCUCUGUGGAUGGUUUAGACAGGAGCAAUUCGAGCGGGUUACGGAGGAAGAAGUCGAUGCUCUCCAGGCAAAUUGACAAUGCGGGGGGUCAUGGUGCGGAAAGUUAUAUGGAUGGUGCUGAAAGGCUAGAGAGGAAUAGGUCUCAAAGACAGUCGGGGCAAGGCCCGUCUGAGCUCAGCCUCGACGAUUUGGUAAACGAUCCGUCAAAAGUUGUUCAAAAACUUGCUCUUGACUCGCAACGCCAAGAUGGAGGGGGUGAAGUACCAAAUGUGGACGAUAUGCCCAUACUUCCCGUUGCGCCAGGUAUGGGCCUGCGUCGGUCAACCCGCACCACGUAUCGAAAAGGUGGUAGUCUCAAGAAUCGGCAGAGUGGUUCGCUCAGGUCCGACGACCGACUUCCUUUUUCGAAGCGCAUAGCAGCAAAGAAAGCCGAAGAAGACUCUGGUGCAAUGCCUAAUAGUGAAUCGACUAUUGAGGCACCACCAGGGCACGGUUUAACUCGUGUGCAAUCAGAACCUAUCUCAGAUAGCUUUUCGCGACCAUCAAAGCCUAUGCGGCGCCAGCAAACCUUUUCCAGAGAUACAACGCCGGACUUAUAUGAAGACCCGGAGCAGGAUUUUCAGGAGUCAGGUCAAGCUGUUUCCGCUAUACCGGAGGACCCAACCCGUACACCCUCUGCUGAUGCUAUCGGGACUUUGGGCUCGACACCACAAAUUCUCGAACAGCCUGUAGCGGAGGAGGAUCAUUCUGGAGCGCAAACUAUGGAAAUCAACCGGCCAUUCCCGGAGCGAUCGUCUUCCCAGAGAAAUGCUGUCCAGCCCUUAUCUCCAGGGGCACCCGCUGAGCCUCCAGCGCGUUCAACUAAAAGACCGAACUACGGCCAACCGCUCCAAAGCUCUUCUCAACCGCAAGCUGCGGGCCAGCCUUCACAGCAAACUAGAACUCCGAGUGGCUCUAACCGACCUCUUAAUGACAUGUCGCAGAGCCCUUCUCCUUUCCCGGGCAGCAGCGCCACCAGCACUGAGUCUCUAACUUUUAUUCCCACAUUCAACACACCCGAGGAGAGGAAACCAGAAAAGAAGGGUAAAAAGGACAAGGGCGAAAGUGAAAGCGAAAAGUCCAAGUCUACAUCCUGGAAAUGGUUCAAGAGUGAUGACAAGGAGAAGAAAAAGAAGGAUGAUGAGAACAGGAAGUCGAAGACUAAAGCACUCGUAGAGAAGGCCCACGACAACGUUCGUCUCGACGUCCUCCAGACCUCUAUCGAUACAGCCAUCCACAAGGGACGCGAGAGCCUACUGCUCGAUCGUGAAAGCGUCGACGGCAGGCUAGAAGAAGAGAAGAAAGAUAGUCGAAAGUCUACUGAUCAAAAGAAAGAAAAGGAUGGGCUGUUUGCCUCAUUCUUUGGAAGUAAACCAACCCCAUACCGACCUCAGCGGCCCGAUGUCGACUAUCACUGGACUAGGUUCCCUCUCUUGGAGGAACGAGCUAUCUAUCGAAUGGCGCAUAUCAAGCUCGCUAACCCUCGCCGUGCUCUUUAUAGCCAAGUCCUGCUUAGUAAUUUCAUGUAUUCAUACCUAGCAAAGGUCCAAGCAAUGCAUCCUCAGAUACAAGUUCCCCAGUCCCCUCAGCAGAAGAGAUUACAGGAAGAGGAAAGACGGCGACGCGAGCAGGAGCAGCAGUACUUGGAACAGCAACAAGCGCAGGAGAGUAUGGAUCAGUACAAUUUUGAAUACCAUCGAUCAUCGAAUCAACAGCAGCAAUACGGUGAUCCUGGUAUGCAGCACGAAGCAGGAGAUUACCCAGAAGCAGCUGAGAUCUACGACUACGAGCACAAUAGCAAAGACCAGACGAGUCGCGAAAAUCAGGGUGACUAUAACGGUCAGGACGGGGAUAAAGAUUAUUACUCUACUUAUGUGCAGUACCACCACAACGAAAACGGCCGCCGCCAGCAGCAGCAGUCAGGAGAGGAAGAAAUGUGGUGA